AUGUCUUCAACCUUGGGUAACAGUCCGACGGCGACUUCUGCCACUGCAGUCGCAACAACAUCUACUGUGGCUGGGUCGGCGGAGGGUAUCAGUUUGGUGGCUCUUCUUACGGCAAUGGCAUCUUCUGCUAUCAUUUUUGGUGUACAGAUGAUAGCUUUUAUGCUCUUGAAGAACAAGCUUGCGCGGAUAUUCAAACCAAAGACCUAUUUAGUGCCCGAAAAAGAACGAACCGAACCACCUCCUAGAAGUCCAUGGGGAUGGCUAUUCACGAUAUUUCAAUUUCGAGAUCGGGAAGUUAUCAACAAGUGUGGAUUGGACGCCUACUUUUUCCUUCGAUACCUCCAAACUCUUUUGGUUAUCUUCAUCCCUAUGGCGGUUGUCAUAAUACCAAUUCUUGUCCCCAUGAACUACAUCGGAGGAAGAGGUGGUGAUUGGGCCUUACAGUAUGCAAACGAUAAAAAUACUACUGAAGUUUCCUCGAAUCCAAAUGUGACUGGCUUGGAUCAAUUAGCCUGGACAAAUAUACAACCAAGCAAAACCAGUAGAUAUUGGGCACAUCUGGUACUUGCAUUGUUGGCCAUCAUUUGGGUUUGUGGUGUAUUUUUUGCGGAGUUGCGAGUGUAUAUCAAAGUACGACAAGAUUAUUUAACAUCCGCAGAACAUCGACUCAGAGCUUCAGCAACGACAGUUCUCGUUAGUGCCAUUCCGGAUAAAUGGCUCACGAAAGAAGCACUCGCUGGACUUUACGACGUCUUCCCUGGAGGAAUUAGGAAUAUUUGGAUUAAUCGAAAUUAUGAUGAAUUGUUGGCAAAGAUCCAUCUUCGGGACCAGAUCCAUUUGCAGUUGGAGGGCGCCGAGACGGAAUUGGUUAGGGCAGCAAAGAAAGCCCAGAGGAAAAUGGUAGAAAAGCAAGAGAAGAUGAACGCAAAAAAGUCGAAUCGCAAACUCACAAAGGAAGAGAAAGCUCAAAAAAUCAAAGAGGAAAAUGAGCUGGCGGAACGGCUUGCCCAAAGUGGUGGGGUAGCUACUGGCGAGGAGGCUCCUCACACAGUAGAUGAUGUGGUAGAUGAGGAGGCAGAAUUGGAAAGGCAGGAAGAAGACCACCAACAUAAACGACACGGUUCGAAGAACAAAUUUAAAAUUGGUAAUCCAUUCGCCGCCGUUGGUCAAGGCUUCGAGGCAGUCGGACAAGGCUUGAAUAGAGGUGUAAGUGUCGUUGGAAAGGUCGGUGAAACUGCGUUAGGGGGUGUCAUAGGGCUGGGUAGAGAAUUGGAUGAGACGAUUGAGGAAACUAAUGGUAAUGGCUUCAUGAAUCUUGACACACAGUCCAUAGCGGAGGAUGAUGAAUAUGACCAAUAUGGAAGAUACAAACAACGACAGCCGCCAAAACCUUAUGGAUACGGCGUUGACGAUGGGCAUGACCGGGAUCCUGAAAAAGAAGGCGUGGCAGGAGAAGAUCGUCCGUCAACGUCAGAACGGGAUCCUCGAAGCUAUGAUGGGGAUGGAAAGUCGGUUGGCAACACAGUACGAAGAAACCGCUUCGAAUACGGAGGUGACGGAGCCAAUGAUGCCCUGAAAACCAACAAUUGGUGGAAAUUCUGGAGAGGUCCCGCUGGCGGAUUUCCUUCCCCAGUUCCAACAGGCUAUGAAGAUGACGACGAAUUUCCUCUAACUCAAGGUGACGGACCGAGAUCGAGAGUUGCGACUGGUGCUCCCCCGAAGAAGAGUGCUUGGGAAGUGAUUAAAUCCAUUAUUCCUUUCCUAAACUCGGAUGAUGGACCAGGAGUCGAGUAUCCAAAAGCUUACAAUGAAGAUUACAAGGAAGAUGCGGCACCUGCAGCAUGGCAACAGUUUCUAAGGGAAAAGGAUAGGCCGACGCAUAGAUUACCUAGGUUUAGUUGGACUCCUGGUUGGUUCCCCGGUAUUCCCGGAAUUAGUCCAAAGGUUGAUACCAUCUAUUGGUGUCGGGAGCAACUUGCUCAACUCAACCUUGAGAUUGAAUUGGAUCAAAAGUCUCCAGAGAGAUUUCCACUCAUGAACUCGGCUUUUAUUCAAUUCAAUCAUCAAGUAGCUGCCCACAUGGCUUGUCAGUGUGUUACCUAUCAUGUCCCCAAACAAAUGGCACCACGUACUGUGGAGAUCUCACCUAAUGAUGUCCUUUGGGAUAACAUGUCUAUCAAAUGGUGGGAAUCUUGGCUCAGGACCGCCGUUAUUACUGCUGUCGUUCUUGGCAUGAUCCUGUUAUGGUCUAUUCCUGUUGCAUGGACAUCAACUCUAUCCCAGAUUGCCUCGCUCGCUAAUACUACGCCUUGGCUUCAUUGGCUCAAAGUUAUACCCGAGAAGGUUCUUCAAGCUGUAGCAGGUGUUUUACCAGCUCUUGUGCUUAGUAUCUUGCUAUCAUUGGUACCAACGAUCUUUGGAUAUCUGGCAUUUGUUCAAGGUUCACAAACCGGCAACGAGAAGCAAGGUUCUGUUCAAACGUAUUAUUUUGCAUUCCUCUUUGUCCAAGUUUUCUUGGUCGUGUCUAUAUCCGGUGGUGCGGUCGCUGCAUUGGGCUCAUGGUCUAGUGAUAUUACUUCUAUACCCGAGACACUUGCGCAACAAUUACCAAAGGCGGCGAAUUAUUUUUUCUCUUACAUGAUUCUUCAAGCAUUUUCUGUGAGCUCGGGUACGCUGUUACAGUUAACCACACUCAUCUUUUGGUUUGUUUUACCGAAAAUUUUCGAUAAUACGGCUCGUCAGAAGUGGACAAGAAAUACAACACUUCCAUCUGUAUCAUGGGGAUCAUUCUUUCCAGUUUAUACCAAUUUCGCCUGUAUUGGUUUGAUUUAUUGCGUGGUUUCUCCGAUCAUCAUCAUUUUCGUCAUUAUUACAUUCACACUUCUUUGGAUUGCGAAUCGUUAUAAUAUGCUUUACGUGUCUCGAUUCAGGAUUGAUACCGGAGGACUUCUUUAUCCACGUGCUAUAAAUCAGACAUUUACUGGUUUAUAUGUCAUGGAAUUGUGUCUCAUUGGUUUGUUCUUCUUGACAAGGGAUGAGCAAGGUGAAGCUCUCACUGCUCAAGCAAUCAUUAUGAUUGUUGCUCUACUAUUAACUGCUCUUUAUCAAUUCCUUCUCAAUUGGUCUUUUGGUCCACUACUUCGAUAUCUACCAAUUACAUUCGAAGAUGAAGCCGUUCUUCGUGAUGAAGCAUUUGAUCGAAUGCAAGCCGAACGUCUAGGUCUUACCAUUGCAGAUCAUGAAGCAUUACCACAAAGUGAUGGUGCUGGUAUUCAAGGACCUGGAUAUAUCGAGAUGGAAAAUCUAAAUCCCUCUACCACACAUGGAGGUGGUGCAUUUUCCAAACUUAAACCAUCAAACCUCGUUCAUGGUGCUGCUGCAGCAGGUGGUUGGGCAUUACAAUCCGGUCGAAAUCUUCGUCACAAAACAUUUGCUCGUGGAGGCACAGCUGGUCCCCAACCUAUCGACGAACCAAUAAUCCGACCAACUAUCACACGAAAACGUCGUCACAAGGAUAUCGAAGCGCAGCAAAAAAUCGCAAAUGCUCUCUACGGUGGUUACAAUGAUGAAAUUGAAGAUUUAGCCCCGGAAGAAAGGGAUAGUCUUGUCAAACAUGCAUUUCAGCAUUAUGCGCUCAGAGCUAGAAGACCAGUGGUUUGGAUCCCGAGAGAUGAUAUUGGAGUUAGUGACGAUGAGGUUAAGAGGACGAGGGAUUAUGCUGGAGCCAAUAUUUGGAUUAGUAAUGUGGGGGCGGCAUUGGAUGCUAAGGGAAGGGUGGUUUAUGGGAGGAAUCCGCCGGAUUUUUCGGAGGUUGAUUUGAUUACUUUAUAG